AUGACGAUCCGGCUGACUCCCGGAUCGCCGGCGCUUGACUCGGCGGCUAGCGACCAGGAUGUCGGAGAAAGAGAGGAGAGCGCGCUGGAGGCCGAGAGGGAAAUCGUCACGUUUGGCAUCAUCGCGGACCCUCAACUCGGCAUGCUGAAAAGGAAUGUCGAGUGGACGGAAGAGGAAGAGAGGCUUCGCCGUGGACUUGCCGCGAUACGUCGACAAAGCCCCGCCUUCAUCAUCGUCCUAGGCGACCUUGUUCAGGUUUUUCCCGAAGACGAGAACAAGCGGGCAAUCAGGGAACACGAGAUCCGCGAUGUUCGGCAGACCCUUCAGUCCUGUUCAGGGGAUGUCCCUGUCUUGAUUGUGGCUGGGAACCACGAUUUGGGAAACGCUCCCACGCAGGAGAACCUCAAAGACUUCCGAAAUCUCUGGGGCGAUGAUUACUACUCUUUCGAUCUUGGCCGCUGCCGUGGCAUCGUCCUGAAUUCUUGCCUGUUCUUCAACCCUUGCAACGCACCGAGAGAAGCUGAGGAUACUCCGAAAGGCCACUUCCACCUGCCACGAGCGCAGCGGGAUAGACUUCGCGAUCUCAUCACGAACUCCACAGUUUCUCAUUCGUUCCACGGCCAUCUACACGACAACAUGGUUGUACAGGCAAGCGAUCCUUGUCUCGAGCAAGUCGUUACUUCGGCAACAGGCUUUCCUCUUGGAGACGCUCCGGCGGGGUUUAGGAUGGUGAGGGUCGACGCCGCAGGAGCUGUGGAACACCAGUUCUGUGCACUUCCGAAUUCUGACAUUCUUUAA